AUGGCUGGAAUUUUUGAGAAAGUUCAAAAUGAAAUGGUUACUUUGGAAGUAAUAAUAAGUGUACUUGUAUUUGUGCCAACACCAGCUCGAAUAACUUCGUCCCUUGCAAUGACUGCGCAUCCAGAUCCACUUAUUCCAAAUUCUCAAUACGCAAGCCAUCAGAAUCCUAUAAAAUUCAACCCCUACGCAAACACCUUAUAUCCAAAACAAAGCUGUUAUACUCCCACAGCAACAAGUAAUUGUUUAUUGGGCAACACGUCUACAGCUUUGGGCCAUAGAAGAUUAAACCAAGACAGUGGCCUCGUCACCCUAAUGCCUACAGUGGGGCAGCUCGAAGACGACGUAGACUUUGUACCGGUCAAAACGCGUUCCGUUACGCCGGACGAUUCUUCUGGAGCGCCCUACUGGAUGCCCCCUAGCGGGGCCAACGUCGGGGGUACACCCCGACAUCCCAUGGACGGGUGCGGAGAAACUGGCUUUAUUAGUAGCCAACCAUCGAUGGCUGAGUUUAUGACCGCUUUGCCGCACCUGUCAGCCGAAAUGCCACCUCAUGGUGCUCCGAUGAGUCCACAGCAUACGCCGCCAGGGAAUUAUGGUAUGGAAGUGCCACAUGGAUUAGGUUCACCUGGUGUCAAUGUGCAUGAGUAUCCUUGGAUGAAAGAGAAGAAGACUACAAGGAAAAAUAGUCAACAAGAGGAGGAGCUGUUCGAAAAAAUACCCGAAGAUAAAGAGACGCAACGGAAACCGCAAAAAGGACCUCCUGGUGGUCGGUUAUUUAACUUUCUAGAAUUUUUCUGGUUCUAA